UUAAGGUUUAAAUAUGUCUUAUAUACUGUACUAGUAAUAUAUAUUUGUAUUUUGACAUAUAUUAUCGAUUGUCGUAAAUUAAUGACGACAUUUAGUCUAGAAGAGAAGGCAAAGGCAAAGAAGACAAAAGCUCCUUUCCUCCAUCCUCUUCUUUCUCUCAUUCUCCUUCUUCGCAAAAAAAUUGAUACAGGCGAAAAUGAAGGGAAAAAGAGAUAGUUGUAUUAAUUUCUUCUCGAUAACCUUAACCUUGUCGAUUAGUCUCAGGAAAAUGGAUAAGAAUCAAGAAUUUUUACAAGAUUAAUAAGGCACGCUAGGGUUAUUAUUCUUUCUCUUCUCUGUCAAGGAAGAGUUAAAGGUUUCACAUAUAUAAAACGCUCGAAUGCCUCCAAUCCUUAGAGGCAAUGAGGUGAUUAAUGAAAAAAUGCGUCUAUUCGUCACCUCCUCUUUUCACUGACCGUAUCGUGAGAUGAACAAAGAAAACGUCUCUCGACGUCUAUCCAUAGAAUCACCUUUCGCCUUUUUAGGUCAGCUUCUUUUCAACCAGCUCGGAACUGAGCUCUGAGAAACGCUUCCCCUUUUUUAUGAGAACAAUACCAUCGGAUAAAAAUCAAGCAGAGGUGAUUGUUGAAUUGGUGAAAAUGCUGAAUUGGACAUAUGUAUCCAUUGUCUACGAGGAAUCGAGCUACGGUGAAAAGGCCUACGCCGAGAUUUAUGACAGGAUAAGAAUGGAAGGUCUUUGCUUGGCUGUGACUGACAAAUUAAUUAAGGAUUCAGGUGUGGCAACCGAUGAGGCCUACGAUAAGAUAGUACAGAGGCUGAGAGCAGAUUCAAGCGCAAGAGGUGUAAUAGUAUUCGGUUCCGACCAGGAAGUUGGUGAACUGAUGAAAGCUGUCAAACGGAACAAUAUGACAGGUUAUUUCGCUUGGAUUGGCAGCGACGGCUGGGGCGGAAGAAUUCUAGUUUCGGAUGGUAACGAAGCGCAAGUGGAAGGUGCUAUCACCGUCCAACCGUAUGCCGAACCUCUAAAAGGCUUUGACGAAUAUUUCCUUAAAUUAAGACCCCAUUCAAAUUUGGAUAAUCCAUGGUUCAGAGAAUACUGGGAAUAUUAUUUCAAAUGCAAGUUCAAUCAAUCUUACAGUACACCCUUCAAUAGAAAUUAUAGUAAAAUUUGCACUGGAGAUGAAGUGCCCAGCAAGGAAAACGGUUAUGUGGCCGAAGCUCAACUGCAAUUCGUUAGCGAUUCGGUAAUGGCUUUUGCGGUCGCUUUAAGGAAUAUGCAAGCGGAUUACUGUAAGGAAAAGGGGCUUUGUAAGGAAAUGGAUCCGUACGACGGUGAAUUGCUUAAGUCUUAUCUACUAAAAGUGAAUUUUACCGGUCUCUCUGGGCUGAGUUUCAACUUUCUACCCAACGGAGACGGACCUCCCAGAUACAGAAUCCUUCACUAUAAGCAAACUUCUCCAGGUAGUUUCGGUUGGCAUACAGUUGGAGUUCACGAGGGAAAUGGCUUAAAGAUCAAUCGCUCAAAUCUUCAAUUCCGCCUUAAUCAGACUGAUUAUCCCCCGAGUCGUUGCUCUCCACCAUGCGAAUUUAACGAAAUCAAACAAGAAGUGGGAUCUGUCAUCUGUUGCUGGACUUGUACAAAGUGCCCUAAAUGGCAUAUUCGUCCAACGGAAUACGAAUGUCUACUGUGCCCUGAAGGGACAAUACCAUCUGGAGAUUUGAAAGUUUGUCAGGAGCUUCCUCUUGAAUACCUAAAAUUCUUUUCACCCGGAGCUCUAUCUGCCGCCUGUUUGGCGUCUAUUGGAAUAAUUACAACGUUAUUUGUGAUGGCUGUUUUUUGCAGGAGAUGGGAUACGGCUGUUGUAAAAGGUCAUUAAUCAGGAUAUUAUAUUUAUAAAGCAGUAAGACAAAGAGAGAGAGAGAGCUAUUUUCCUAUAAAUCUAUUAUCUAGCCUUUAAUUUUCAGCAGAAAAGCUAAUUAUCCUUAAAUUUUAUUACGUUCUUUUAAAAGUUCACCCUUCUCUUAUACAAGAGGUUUAUAAAAGGAAUAUGAUAAAAAAUUCUUCUUAAGUUCCCUUUCUUCUUAAAGAAGAAAACGAGAAUAAGAGUGCGGGCGUGUGCGUCUUUUGUGUUAGGGAGGGAAUGUCAGACGGCUUUACAAAGGUGAAGUCGGCUGUACAGCAGAUUCUCCUCUCAUGGAAAAAUAUUUAAAAGACAAAUAACGAUUAAUGACCUUUUAACUAAUAGCUUCCGGAAGAGAACUAUCAU